GUCGAUGAUUAUCAGAAAGAUUUCCAACUCCAAAAGGCUGGAAUUCUUCGACGAGGUUCGACAAUGGCUGCCAACACAAUUCUUUUGUUUCUUAUCUGUUUAAUUCUUUCUCGAAUCCCUAAAUUCUUUUGUCAAUGGAAAUCUCCACAAAAUAUCCAAACUUUCUACCCAUUCUCCACGCCUCCGGUGAUCGUUCCCCCGCCACCGGCGCCGCCGACGCCGUUCAUCGAUCCGCCGGAAAUUCCGCAGCCAGUGCCAUUCCCGCCGCCUCCACGAUCCAAAUCGUCCUCCGGCGCGGCGGUGGGGAGAGCAAUUGGAGCGACGGCGGCGAGCACCGUCGUCGUGUCAGCGCUCCUCUUCUUCCUCCUCCUCCGGCGCGCCCGCCGGAAACGGGAGAGAGAAAAUGGGGCUGCCGCACACGGAGGCGCCGCCUCCGCCGCCGCCGCCGCUUCUGCUCCCCGCGCACAAACCGACGACGAUUUCCACCGAUUCGGCGGCAACCUGAGAGGCUUGAUCGUCGACGAGGACGGCUUGGACGUGCUGUACUGGAGAAGCCUACAAAAUGACGGCGGCGAGCGGCGGAGCUUCAAGAAGCAGAAUUACAGAAGCCUGAAAGAUGAACAGAGACGAGAAAUCAAAAGAAUGGCGAGUGAUAAGAAUAAGGAGAAUAGCAACAAUCCGCCGCCGUCGGAAGCUCCUCUCCUCCGGGGCAUGUCGUCGUCUUCCCAAAGCCCUUCCUGGAGCCAAAAACAGAAUCCGGCCAUAGCUCCAAAAGCUCCGUCAAAUUCACCUGCAAUUUCCGUUAAGGUUGAGUUGCAGCAGCAAAAUUCAUCGCCGGCGGUGGUUGAGGCAAUUCCGGCACCACCUCCUCCCGCACCGCCACCGCCUCCACUAACGCAUAAAACUUCUCCCCCGCCACCGCCUCAACCAAAGCCAAAAACUUCUCUUCCUCCGCCGCCUCAAAAAACAGCAGCGAAUAAUUCCAUCGAAGAAGGAUCAUCUUCCUCGUCGAGCAAUGGCAGCGGGCAAGUGAAAUUGAAGCCGCUGCAUUGGGACAAAGUGAACACAAACUUGCAGCAUUCCAUGGUUUGGGACAAAAUCGACAAAGGCUCCUUCAGAUUCGACGGCGAUCUAAUGGAGGCACUCUUCGGCUACGUCGCAACGAACAAGAAAUCUCCACGAAGCGAAUCAAAAAAUCUCGGACAAGACAAGCCCCAAUCUCAGAUCUUCAUCCUCGACACUCGUAAAUCCCAAAACACCGCCAUUGUCCUCAAAUCCCUCGGCGUCGGGCGCCAGGAGAUCGUCGACGCCCUAAUCGACGGCCAUGGAUUGAGCUCCGAAUCAUUAGAAAAGCUAACUCGAAUAACUCCAACAGACGAAGAAAUCUCCCAAAUCCUCGCCUUCAAUGGCGACCCUACCAAGCUAGCCGACGCCGAAUCCUUCCUCUACAGCCUCCUCAACGCCGUUCCAUCCGCCUUUCCUCGAUUCAACGCGAUGCUCUUCAGACUAAACCACGACAUGGAAAUUUCAAGCAUCAAGGAAUCUUUACAAUCCCUUGAAUCCGCCUGCAACGAGUUAAGAACUCGAGGACUGUUCCUGAAGCUUCUAGAAGCAGUUCUAAAGGCCGGCAACCGGCUGAACGCCGGCACGGCGCGUGGGAAUGCACAGGCCUUCAAUCUCACAGCUCUAACAAAAUUAUCAGACGUAAAAAGCUCCGAUGGGAAGACAACGCUGCUCCAGUUCGUCGUGCAGGAAGUCGUCCGCGCCGAGGGGCGACGUUGUCUGCUUAACCGCAACCGUAGCCUGAGCAGGACAUCGAGCAGCCAUGGCAGCAAUGCCGCGAGCCAAAUCACUGAUCAACCGGAGGGAGAAAGAGAAUACAUGAUCCUCGGCUUGCCGGUGAUCGGAGGCCUAAGCGCGGAAUUUUCGAAUGUGAAAAAGGCUGCAUCUUUAGACUACGACCUUCUUACCAAAACAAGUUCGUUGUUGGUGUCGCAGCUGGCAAAGAUCCGGGAAACUUUGAAGCAUUGCGGAGGGGACAGAGGAUUCGCACACGAAAUGGCCAGUUUCCUCGACGCAGCCGAAUCAGAGAUGAAGACGAUGAAGGAAGAGCAGCGGCGGGUGAUGGAGGUCGUGAAGAAAACGACCGAUUACUACCAGGCCGGAGCUUCGAAGGGAUCGAGCUCGAAUCCUCUGCAGCUGUUUGUAAUAGUUCGCGAUUUCUUGCAGAUGGUCGAUCAGGUGUGCGUCGACAUCGCAAGAAAUGUGCAGAAGAGGAAACCGGCAGCGCCGGAAUCCGGCUCGACGUCGACCGGAUCUCCCCGGGUGUUCAGGUUCCCGAAACUUCCAGCAAAUUUCAUGUCAGAUGAUUCCAGGAGUAGUUUGGAUGAUGAUGAAGGCUCAGGAGGAAGAUGAUGAACAUAUUUUGUACAGAGAAGUAUCGAUACCAAGAAUGCUGCUGUGAUUUGAUUUUUCUCGACAGUAAAGAUUCAUUUUUUUCUUUUCUGGAAAAUAAUUUCGAAAAAUACAACCGCGAACAAAGUUACGGAACAAUACCAAUAAUUCAUGGUGUAACCAUUGCUCUCAUCAAUGGAGGCUUAAUUUGGAAUCAA